UGCUUUACGACUUGUGGUUUUCAGUCCUACUCGGCGUCUACUCGGUGAAACUCCAUUUGCGGUGUUGUUGGAUCACACUAUUCAUGGUAUCAAAAAAAGCUGAUCGAAAAAUGGAACCACUGCAAGCUAACGUUUCAAAGAAAGAAGAUGAAGAAGAAAUGGAAGAAGAUGUAGAAGGUAAUGACGAGGAGGAAGAGGAGGAGGACAAUGAAGAAGAAAACGAAGAGGAUGAAGAAGAGGAAGAAGAAGCUGAAGUCAAGCCAGUAAAGCAAACUAAAGCUAGAAAACCAAGGUCUUUUCUGACUGGUCGUGGUGUUACGAUAGCUAUGCUGAUUGAGGAUGGUGUCAUGGAGCCUGGCGAAAAGCUGCUUUCUAUUGACUACUUGGGCCAAAAGUUUUAUGCAGACCUUCUUCCAGAUGGGCGAAUUAAAUGGCCUGAUGCGGAUAAGCAGUUCAACUCACCAUCAGCAUGGGCAAUCCACUGCAAGAGAAUGGUCAACCCAUCCAAGAAAUCUGGUUGUGGGUGGGCUUCUGUCAAAUAUAAAGGAAGGAAACUGGAUCAGUACAAAACCACUUGGUUCAAAAAACACAGGACAGGAGAAACCCAUGGAAUAUCCAAGACAAGUCCCAAACUAACCUCACCAACUGAAACCUUAUCUUCACCAAAAAUAGAAGCACCAAGCUCAAAACCAACAGUAUCUCCAUCCACCACACCCUCUCUUACCAGCCCCACGACUGAUUCAAAUCAGCGUGCAGUAUCUUCGGGGACAGAUAAAGCCACCCCAAAACCUCACAGUAGGGGACCAGGUCGACCACGUUUGUCAAGCCCAUCAAGAUCACUUAAAAAUCCUCCAGGAAGACCUCCUGGCAGACCAAGAUUGAAGUCUCCAGGUGGAACACCUCAAGGAAUCAGAAAAAUAACUUCUCCAAGCCUGACAGCACAAUCACUAUCUCUUCAAGCAAGCCAGUCAUCAUCACACGUGAGGCCAUCUUCACAUUCACCUGUGACCUCUCCUCUUCUUAGAUCACCUGGACCUGUUCUUAAAAGUCCAUUAGCCCGUGAUCUUCCUGUCCCAUUGUCUUCACCUCCUUUGUCAGCAGGGAGGAAAAGAUCUGUUCGAACCAGGAUGUCAGUAAAACAUUCUUCCGUCAAACCUGAUAGUGACCCUCACACAUUGGUAGAGCUGGUGGACUUCAUGGCAACAGGCAAAAUGCAACCAUUUUCUAUUGACAUCUCAACCAACUGCCUACUUCUUGUUGAUUAUCAUUGUCACCUGACAACCAGUGAAAUAACAGGAUACCUGGCUGGAAAAUGGGACCCUCAAACUCAUCAUAUGAAAAUUCUUCAAGCAUUUCCAUGUCGUUGUCGUUUUGCUGAUAAAGAAAAUGCCCCCAAAGUAGAAGAAGAGCUUCGACAAGCUCUACGCAAAAGAGGUCUACAAGUGGUUGGUUGGUACCACAGUCACCCUAAUUACCAGGCAGACCCUUCUGUUCAAGAUAUAAAAAGCCAGACAAAGUAUCAGAGGAUAGCUCAACAGGCGCUCAGCGGACCUCAUGAGCCAUGUAUAGGAAUGAUUGUCUCUCCUUUUGAUACGUACAAGCCUACCAAAGAAUCAACGUUCCGAACCUUUUGGGUAAUGCAGCCAUCUGAGAAUAACCCGGACAGCCUUGGUGUCCCUAUGCACGUAAGCUUCACUGUGCAACAGGAUCAGUUCCUGACGGAGGACCUCUUGAAUGAAAUGAGGUGGCUAUGGUGUUUCUAUAAAGGUAGCCCAGAUGCAAUCGAGUUCAGCAACAUCUGGUAUGGACAACAAACAUAUAUGGACAAAGUCAAGGCAUCUUUGUUCAAGAAGUUCCCCUCCGAUCAGGCAGACGGUCGAUUCGUCGAGUUCAUCAACACUCUUCUUGGAUAACGUUUCGUUUUUGCUUUUGUAAUAUUAUUUUGACCUUCUGACUCUUAGUAUAGAUGUCAUAGUUAUGUUUAAGCGAUUAAUCGAACAGGAUCUAAGACUAUUCACGCAUAAUAUAAAAUAGGAAAAACAGGCUACAGAAUGUUUUAUGGAAUACUGUUUAUUUACGUCACUCGUCACACGGGAGAAAAAUAUGCUUUACUGGCAGUUCUGUGUAGCUGAGUAGAAUCUAAUUUCUAUGAUUCGAAUUCGAGAUUUCAGUUGAAAAAUGCAGAGUAAGGGUGCUUACCAUUUACCAGGAAAAACCGAAGAUUCCGGUUGGAAAACAGAUGGUUUGCAUCAUUACGAUCGGAAAGUUCCAGAAAACCCGGCCUUCUGAUUGAGGUAAUCCACUUUUCCCGCUCUUUUUGGUCCUUUCGGUAGACACGUGUACCAUUUUUCGAUAGUCAAAGUUUCCUGCUCUUUUUUACAAUUAACGAAUAAAUUUCCAACCGGAUGGAUUGGUUUAAACUGGUAAGCACCCCAAGUGUGCUUUAAAAAAACAAAAAGAAAACGAAGCGUCUAAAAUGUAACAAGAAUGUAACUUUCUAAAGGUUGGAAUAAUUUUCAAGGAUUAUUGCAUGUGUAUAAAAAGUUCACUAGUCGAAAAAAAGAAAAGAGUAUUAGUACUAAGUUAGCUAAAACUAAAUAUACAUUGAAUAUUUUAAAGCUC